CUCCCCCUCGCUCGUCACGUGGCGGAGCAUUGGAUCCCUACGAUUGGCGGAGAGGUGUAUCACGUGACGUAGGGGGCCAGCUUCACGUGCCAUGGCGGAGGGGACAGCGGCGGGAUCCCCGGACGAGGCGUGGAAGAGCUCUUCUCUUCAUGCCAAUCACUCCGACCAGAGCUUCAGUGACAGUGGCUUCGACCAGUUCUUUGCAGAUAGCAUAGUCAAGGGAGGAGUUGUUUCACGUACCAACAGCAUCAACUCCAACACGGGCUCCAACAGUGCUUCCUCCGUUCCCAACACAGAUGAUGAAGACAGUGACUACAGGCAAGAGCUGACGUACAAAGACCGCCGGCGUCAAGCUCACACCCAGGCUGAGCAGAAGCGGCGCGAUGCCAUUAAGAAAGGCUAUGAAGAUCUGCAGGCCAUUGUGCCCACCUGUAUGCAGCAGGACCUUAUUGGCUCCCAGAAGAUGAGUAAAGCCACUGUGCUGCAGCGUUCCAUCGAUUACAUACAUUUCCUCCACAAGGAGAAGAAGAAGCAGGAGGAGGAGUUGUCAACUCUGCGGAAAGAAGUUCUUGCCCUAAAAAUCAUGAAAUCGAACUACGAGCAGAUUGUGCGUGCCCACCAGAGCAAUCCACAGCAGGGCCAGGAGCAGGUAUCAGAUGAAGUGAAGUUCAGCAUCUUCCAGGGUAUCAUGGAUACUCUGUUCCAGUCCUUCAAUGCCUCCAUUGCAGUGUCCAGCUUCCAGGAGCUGUCUGCCUGUGUCUUCAGUUGGUUGGAGGAGCACUGCAAGCCACAGACCCUGCGGGAGAUCGUCCUAGGGGUGCUGCGGCAGCUCAACCCCCGGCACUACUGAUGUCCCGUAGAUGGUGCCUGGGCUGGGCCCACACUGCCACGAUUUGAUCACUCUGGACUAUAUACACAAAGCACAGCGAGUGGCACCCUUCAACUGCGCUGCUUACUUUUAUUAAUAAGCUGCAAAACUUGCAUGUGAUUUGAAGGGAAACCUCUCGACUUGCCCUAGGUGUUUUCUACUGGGAAUGUGAAUUGUAUUUUUUAUGUUUAUCCUUUCAACAGUUCAUCUGCAACUGAAUUGUGUUUGACUUUCUGUUUUAACCGUUUAUGUAUUGUGGAAAACAGCCAAAUUUGUGCCUUAUACAUAUGUAAACCUGCCUCAUGCACUACCCUACACCAUCUAUAUUCUUGCAAAAACUUUACUAUAACUAUCUAAUUUUGAGACUUGCAAAUGAAAUAACAUUUAUUUAUGUGUUAUACACAUUCACCUGAUGUGUGCAUGUGGAAUGAAAUAUAUUUUCCAUUAUAUCUGGUGGUCAUUUUUGCAAAUUAUUCACUUUUUAAUUUUAUUUGGAAUGUGAAAGAACAAUUCCAGAAACCGCACUUCCCAAUAAUGUGAACAAGCUUCACUGAAGCACUUUGAUUACGCGAUAUACAGGAAGUGUUGACCGCAUUACUCAAUGGAUAAACCAGGAACCUUUAAAGUUUUGGCAAACGCCAAAAUUACUGCCUUUAUACUGCUCAGGAAUAUCAAUUAACUUUUAUUUGCAAUUAACAAAAAUAUUAUUCAGCAUAUAGCAGUCAAGUUUCAUGGUUGGAGAAAUGCCCAUUACAAAUUGCAAGCAAUUUACUUAAGUAUUUUUUUUUAUUUUUCAAGAUUUUUUUACAAUGCACUAGCGCUCUUUUCGUUCACACUAACAUGGUCUUUGAUAAAGAUUUGAAUAAGUAAAAAUCCGUCUCAUGAAACCCAACCAUCAAUUGUACAACCCACAUGCAGUUUUUGUAAUGUAAUUUUGUUAAACCAUGAAGUCAUUUUAAUGUGAACAAGUUUAUAACAUCUCUAGUAUUACACAAGGAAAGUUAAA